GGCCGGGUUGUGCACCUGCACCUCGGCGGGCCGCCUGGGGCACCGUCCCCGGCCCGCCCGGCCCCGCCAUGGCCAGGUUACAGAGGACUCCUGCGCGCAGUGCCGAUAGCAUCGUGGAGGUGAAGAGCAAAUUUGACGCCGAGUUCCGACGCUUCGCACUGCCCCGCGCUUCGGUGAGCGGCUUCCAGGAGUUCUCACGGUUGCUGCGUGCGGUGCACCAGAUCCCGGGCCUGGACGUGCUGCUUGGCUACACGGAUGCUCACGGCGACUUGCUGCCCCUCCGCAACGAUGACAGCCUGCACCGCGCCCUGGCCAGUGGGCCCCCGCCACUGCGCCUUCUGGUGCAGAAGCGGGCAGAAGCUGACUCCAGUGGCCUGGCUUUUGCCUCCAACUCUCUGCAGCGACGUAAGAAAGGACUCCUGCUGCGGCCAGUGGCACCCCUGCGCACAAGGCCACCUCUGCUAAUCAGCCUGCCCCAAGAUUUCCGCCAGGUUUCCUCAGUCAUAGAUGUGGACCUACUGCCUGAGACCCACCGCCGAGUCCGGCUGCACAAGCAUGGUUCAGAUCGCCCCCUGGGCUUCUACAUCCGCGAUGGCAUGAGCAUUCGCGUGGCUCCCCAGGGCCUGGAGCGGGUUCCAGGCAUCUUCAUCUCCCGUCUGUGUCUGACAAUGAGGGACCAGUGUCUGGUGCUAGCCCAUGAAGCCUGCCAAACCCAAGGUGAAGACAAAUGUCCAACAGGACUGGCCUCAGAGCCAGAGCUCCAGGAGCAACUCAACCCAGAGAUGGAAGCACUAGAAGAGAGAGGCUUCAGGCCAGUGGCCUCCGUUGUGAGGCCUGGUCACUGUCUGAAGAGGAAACCAGUCAAGACUGAAGCUGAGUUGCCAUUGGGGCUGCUGCUGCAGAAGGAGGAGCCAGAGGGUAGCCAGAAUGAGCACACCCCAUCUGCCAAACAGCACAAAAAAGCUAAGAAACGCAAGAGCCUGGGGGUGUCCAUGCUCCCAGCUGUGGCCAGCACAGUGUCUUCGCCCUCAGAGACCUUGGGGUUGGAGCGAAAGGCCCAGCGCCUGCGACCCCUGUACCAGUACAUCAAUUACUGCAACCCUGAGCUGAACCAGGCAGGGGAGGGGGAGAGAGAGGCCGAGGCCAAGGUGGAGCCUGAGUCAGAGCUGGCCCUGGUUCCUGAGCAGGCAGGUGUGGAGCAACUGCGGGCCAUGCUGCCUGUGCCAGGUGAGCUGGGCUCUGGCCUCACUUUGCCCUGCCCUAACACCUCAGUGCCUCACACCCACGCUCUACUUCCCCUGGGAGAGGCAGUUGGAGAAGAGCCUGGGGGGUUGCUCAACUUGGGGGUGAGCGACCACCUCAAGGCCGAAGUGGACAAGUCAACCCAGGUGGACAUCGACAAGAUGCUGAGUGUCUGCACGGCUCCACUCGUACCCCCGCUGUCUCCUCAGUACAAGUGACUGUCCCGCCCCACUUUGGUUCCUCUCUUCCCAAGGCUGAGCCAGAACAACAGCCCACGGGCCCAGGCCGUUAGUGGAGGGGGGCGUUUCUGUCGCUGCCCUGACUUGGGAACCUGGGAUUGCUGAAAAUAAACGUCUGUCAUUUU